AUCCUUUCGCUCUACCGACCAUCCUUCAAGCACACCCCACACGCGAUGAGUAGCACUGAUCCAAAUCAAUCACUUUAUAUAAAAGGACUUCCAGAAAAGAUUCGGGUCGAAGAAAUCAAAGCAUCCCUAUAUACACUGUUUCUCACGUAUGGAGAGAUAUUAGAUAUCGUCAUAAUGAAGAAGGACAAAAUGCGAGGACAAGCCUUUGUUGUUUUCGAUGACAUAGCGUCUGCUACAGCUGCCUUAAGAAGUUUGAAUGGAUUUUCAUUUUACGAGAAAAACAUUACGAUUCAAUACGCAAAAUCAAAGUCGGACGCAGUAGCAAAGUUAGACGGCACCUACAAACCCAAGCUCUCUGUAGAAGAUAUAAAACGAAAGGCUGCAUCUGCUGCCGCCAUGUCAGCAACGAAACGACAGAGGAGCUCGGACUCAGACUCUGAGGAUGCCAAAAUGGGCCGAGUGGAAGAGAGCGAAGACGAUGACGAAGAUUAGACACGCUGGCUGGAUACGAUGUUGGGUCGUCGAUCAUUGUUGAAUGACAUGGACUUGUAGAUUUCUCUCCUCGGUCGGUCAGCACUUUUUGUAUUGUAUUGGCUUUUUAAUAAAAAGUGUUUAAUAAUGUAUAAAGCAAAGGAAACAAAACAAGUUACAGAGUCGAAACAAAGAUAUUUUUGACUAUACAAAGGGGGUUUGGUGGAGACGGUAUAGAUGUUGAAAUUUUGUUUGAGUGGAGGGGAGGAGACUAUUAACUGCUACAUACAAGAAUGGAAGGGAUAUGAACAAAUGGUGUGUGGGGAAUAAAGGAAGUGGUAUAGGUAUCCUAGACGUAGAAUCUAUGGGAGAAACAAUAGGUUAGAUUUCGAUCGGUUCCUGAGACACAGAAAAAUA